GAACACAGAAUACUCACUUAAAUUCUUAAGAUUAUUUUUACUUUGUCAUUAUUAGGUAAAACGGUUUUGUGUUGUUGGUCAUCGUAUGUUACAAUUGUUGAAUUCGCGUGGUUCCUAUUGAAUUUGUAUAAAGCAAUGAAUGAGUGGGAAGGUUGUAGCCGACUGGAAAUUUGACAAUAAUAUUGUGAUUUUUUGGCGUAGAAAAUGUGUGUUUAAAUAUUAAAAUGUGGAAUUUAAUAGGGGUGUUACUUUAAACCUAUAAAUGGGAAUCCUAGAAAGUCUGAGAGAAUAUUGUGUCUUGUGGUAAAUACGGAUUGAAGGUUGAGAUGUCUGGAAUGAUUGGAGAGGGACAGCGUAGUCGCAGUGCCUCAUCGGCUUCAACUUUUUCAUCCUCCUUACCACCAGAUGAGAAUCUUAAUGGGCGUCUUAGUGAUUUUACAUCACGUCACUGUUCUGUGCUACAGACACCACCAGCUCGCAAAGCUAAGCGUAUCCGCUUCUACCGAAAUGGUGAUCGGUUUUAUAAAGGAGUAAUGAUGGCUGUGACUCCUGAGAGGUAUCGUUCGUUUGACAGCCUAGUAGCAGAUCUGACACGUGCUCUUGUUGAAAAUGUAAAUAUUCCCAGUGGUGUACGGACGCUGUUCACAAUGGAUGGGCAGAAAGUGGGAGGUCUUGAUGAGUUAGAAGAUGGUAAAUGUUAUGUAUGCUCUGGUCUUGGUGAAACCUUCAAGAGGGUGGAUUAUUCGGCCAACAGGGUGCAAAGUGGAAAACUGAAACAUCGGAAAUCGCUCCCAUCAAUGCAUCAACCAUCAGAAACAACACGUUCACCUACUUCUCGUACCAGCAUAUCUGAUGUUAUCCGUCCUCGAUUAAUUACAUUAAUAAGGAAUGGAACAAGGCCACGAAGAGUUGUACGAUUGUUGCUAAACAAGAGGAAUGCUCCCUCUCUUGAUCAUGCAUUCUCCAGCAUCACUGAAGCAGUGAAACUUGAUUCUGGAGCUGUGCGAAAAGUGUUUACUUUGUCUGGUGCACAGGUGACACAGCUAGAAGACUUCUUUGGGAGUACAGAUGUGUUUUUUGCAUAUGGAAAUGAAAGGUAUUCAAGAGAAGACUUCGAUUUGGAUGUAGAAGAAUAUAAAGCGAUGCAGUCAUAUAGGAAAGGUUUUCGUAACAUCCCAUGGAUGCCAAAUACUUCAUCGAAGCCUGGACAACGAUCGAUGGGCUCUCAGGAAAGAGUUGACAUGAGAAUACCAGCAAACAUGCCAAAGAUGCCAGUGAAGACAAAAACUACUCAGUAUUCUGGUUCACAAGACUCUCAUGAAAACACAUCUGCUAUUCCUCCGGCAAUCAGACUGAAGUAUCAGGUGGGGAAAGUUAUUGGUGAUGGGAACUUUGCUGUUGUGAGACAGUGUAUAGACAGAUCAACAGGGACAGAGUAUGCUCUGAAAGUAAUUGACAAGUCAAAAUGUCAUGGAAAAGAACACAUGAUUGAAAGUGAGGUUUCCAUAUUGAGGAGAGUUCACCAUCCAAACAUAAUACAGCUUGUGGCAGAGUACGACACGCACUCAGAGCUAUAUCUAGUCAUGGAACUGAUCAAGGGUGGAGACUUGUUUGAUGCCAUAGCAUCAGCUACAAAGUUCUCAGAGAAGGAAGCUAGUAUGAUGACACGAAACCUGGCUUCUGCACUCUUCUAUUUACACAGUUUGAAUGUUGUUCACCGUGAUAUUAAGCCUGAAAAUUUGCUGGUUCAAAUCGACAGGCAUGGUACCAAGUUGUUGAAACUUGGGGACUUUGGACUUGCUCAAGUGGUAACAGAACCCCUCUAUACUGUGUGUGGCACUCCAACAUAUGUUGCUCCCGAGAUCUUGGCUGAAACUGGAUAUGGUCUGAAGAUUGAUGUAUGGGCAGCUGGGGUUAUCCUGUACAUUCUGCUAUGUGGCUUCCCUCCUUUUGUGAGUACAAACAGUGACCAAGAGGAGCUGUUCGACCACAUCCUGACUGGCCACUAUGAGUUCAGCUCACCAUAUUGGGACAAAGUUUCACUAUCUGCCAAGGACUUGAUAGCGCACAUGCUCCAAGUUCAGCCAGAACUCAGGUUCUCAGCAGAAGAUGUGCUAGACCAUCUGUGGCUUGCUGCAGGUGGGGUAGAACAAUUGAAAGUCUACCGUACAACAAACUUACACAUCUCUCCCCAGGACACCUUUGCUCAUUCUUCAGACUUCGCUAUUAACAUGGAUGUCAGACGCAGUGGAACGAAACCGAAAAGCUGGAAUAUUUAGUGAUGACCUGGAAUAGAACUACCUCAGAUCCUGCUGCCAUGGCAUAUGACAUCAGAGGCCACUCCUUCAUUAGGUUAACUUCUUGGCUAAAGAGGCAUGAGAAAGAACAGAAUUUGAAAGAGGAAGUAUGGUUGAACUUUCCAAACAGUGGGCUGGUUAACCUGUGUGCUGGCAUGAAUAUAUGAGGUUUGAACUGUGCUUCCAAAUUUGUAAUCUCCAAAAUUAAUUUUCCAGUAAGAAAAAAUAACUAUAUCAGAAUUGCACAGAGCAGGAUAGGAUGUGCACCAGAACAAGAGUCUAUAAAUAUGUAUUGUGUAAUGUAAGAGGCUAACAUAUUAGAAGAGGUGCUCUUUUUUUCUGAAGUGCAGUCUGUAAAUGAGAAUUUAUUUUUCAGUUUUGACUUCAGCCUUCACCUUUGUAUCAUUUUCAGCUGUGCAGGAGUAUUUGUGUUUAUGUCCGGCAUCUGUGAAUCAAAAACACUAUUCACCAUGGAAGCAUUUCGGUGAAUUAAUAUUUUACAUAUAUAUGGUUGCAUAUCAGUGACCUUUUAUUUUAAUAUACUCUUCAGUAAAAAUUUUGUCCAAAUGCCUAACAAAUUAGACCUACAAGAUCACCAUAAAGUAAAUACUAUACUGAACACAUGAGACGUGUCCUUCCAUUACUCAAACUAUGUACUCUUCUGUGCUGAGAAGUUUAAUUCAGAACCUACACAUUUUCAGUUGGUGUUGUCUCAGUCCUGUUGCUAUAGUAUUCACCUGUCUCCACGGAAUGUAGUUAACCCAGACUUAGUGACAUGGCACUAAUAUGUUAUAACCAACAUGUCAGGAUUCAUACGGUUUUUUCAAGAUUUGGAUAUUGUAUAUACCAUGUACAAUACUGACAAUGAAGAAUAUCAGGAAAUAGCUUGUUGGUAGUAUGUGCAGUAUUAUUGAAAUACCAGCUGUGGAAAUAAUCAUGCUAUUAUAACAGUUAUCAACAUAAGUCAGUAUUUAUUCCAGUGCAAGUCAUUCAGUUUGCCAUUAAACCAUAACAAAACAUGGUAUAAGCUUUGGGAAAUUCAACAGUAUAUUAAUUUUAGACAUCUUCAUUUCUGUUGUAGAAGCAUUUACUUCUACAGUGGAAGUGCUUAUAUUAGUCUUGCUGUUUCAAACUGUCAGUUAGUUCCUCAUAGUGAAUAUGGUAAUGAAUCUGUACAAGGUAUCCUACAAACAUGACUCAGUUCAGUAGCAAUGAAAAUAAUAUUUUCCAAUAAACACUGUAUGUUCCAUUUGUUAGUUAAGACUUGAAACAUUGUAAUAUGAGCUGUAUGUCUAUGGGGAGAAGUGCUCAUACUGUGAGAAAUUUCUAUCUGUAAUAUUCCCUUUAGCCAUCAAAUAUGAUCUGCAUUAUAGGUGGAUCAUAUAAAAGUGUAGACCUUCAGUUGCAUAACAGCAGCAUUCCAGAAUUGUGGUAAUUCAUAUGUUAGGAACAUUCCAGCCAAUGUUUUUGUCAUUUUACAUUAUGCAUUGUGCAUGAGAUCCUUUCAGCAUUACUUGCAGCCCUGCAAUUGAAUCUCUCUCCUGAAUAUGAGGGUUACUGGAUUUGCUGUUUAAAGGCCUUCUAAUUAUGCUCUUAUUAUCUAUUAUCAUACAUAAUUAUCUUUUCUAAACCAAAAAGCAUUUAACUGUAACUUAUUAGAAUGUCAAUAGUUCCUCUGCAACUUUCAUUUGCCACUAUAUCGCAGCAGUACUUUCUUCAAAACCUACAUCUUUCUGUGCAGUAACUUAAUGGUUACAGAUUAAUUUGAUACGGCACUGACAAUAAUGUGUAAUAUUAAGAACUAAUGGUUUUCUGAGCUUCAUCUGUUAUCUGCUGUUCUGAUCAGUGAUCAGUUCUUUCUGAUAGACCCAACUACUUGCCUCCCCACCUUUUGACCUAAGGACAGAAACAUUCAGUUUUCAGAAUGCCCAGGAUAUCAGGUGAGAACAAAGUCUAGAUAUCCAGUAAUUAUAGUGCUACAGGCUAUAUGAAUAGCACUAGAAGAUAUUAGUAAGAAGUCUGUGGUAUGAUGAACUGAAAAUAUGCAUGCAUUUGUAGUCACUCACUACAUAGCGAUGUUAUGGCAAGUGAGACAGAAUAUCAUUAAAAAUAAAAUGUAGCACUGUUAUUUUGUUAGUUUUCUGUGAAAAUGAUUUAAUUUCAUGUUAUUCAUUUUUGUUAAUGGUUGCUCAUGAACAGUAUAAAAUAGUAACCUUGUCACACAUCUUUCGAUGCAUUUACCUUUCACAUAUUUUUUAUUUUUCAGUCAUUAUCGGAAUUUAGCACUUCAUUUCAUUUGUAACUAAGAUAGUGCAAACUCAAUGGAUCAUAGAUUUUUCUUUUUUGAAGGGAAAGACAGAAAUAUAGUUACAAAUACCAGUGAGGUUACAAUAAAGAUUCCAGUAAGCACAUUUCAGUGUUAUAUAGGAAAUGAGAUUUCCACAGUAAAGAGUAUUUAGACUGUGGUGUUUUGGGUUGUAAUGCCAUGUAUUUUUGGAGGAACAUGUCAUCAUCCAUUUCACUCUGCCAAUAUGACCUGGCCACAACUUCACUCACCUCAUUUUGGAUGGAGGCAGCCAUGAUCCCCUUAUAUGAUGGCAUCCACUUGUAACACUGCAUGGCGUCUUAACCCAAAAAGUGCCAUCUGAACAUUUCAGUUUGUUCCUAGCAGGUGUAAUAUCUGUUGGACACUCUUCUAAAUUGUAACUUUGGUGUAUUCCGCUCUUUCUUCUAUACCUUAGUCAAACUGUAUCUACUGUUCAAAUGUGUUUUAUAUGUUAUAUAUUAGAGACAUCUGCUCAUUACUUCUGCAGCUUUAGCAUAAUUUUAGCUUGGAUUAUCAUUUAUAAACCUUGAUUAUUUCCUAGGCCACAGAUAGGAAAUUAUAUAACAUGUUGAUGAAGCCCAUUGUUUCAUGAAAGUGCCUCCUGAAAACUUUAAUGAUACAGAUUGACUGCUGAUUCCAGAGUCUCGCUGUGCAUUUAAUUCCUAUGCUGCAAUGUUUUACACGUUGCAUCAGGAAGUCUGAAUGAUAUCCAGCCCUAAUAUGAAAUGUGUUCUGAAAGAAAUGAAAACCUGCAAUGUUAAAGCUGGAGGUUGCUGCUCCCAAGGAAUUUUUUUUAUUCUCGGCAUAAUUUAUUGAUCCUGAGGACAGAUCUGUUAUUAAUAAUAAAUUAUUUUUAUUUUUGAUUGUAAAUUUGCAGGUGUUCACCAUGGAUAAUUAACUCUUUGACUGGCGCGAAGGGUAUUUAAAUCCCACCCCUGUCCUGGCAGGCCCUUUAAACCUUAUGUC